AUGGGCGCCGGCAGCUCUAAGCCCGAAGGUUCGGCUGGUUCGAAACAUGUUUUCACAAGGCCCGUCGCGGAGCGGACAAGUCCACAGCAACAAGGCAAAAAAAAGCAGCAGAAAGCCCGAGAGCCCUCCGGCCGAUCCAUUCAUCCCAAUAUCAGGACCAAUUCGCUGAUUUCUCAAUCCAACAGCAACGUCCCCGUCCAAUUCUCGUCUAACCUCGUCGAGGCCCUCCAGACCAACACCGAGGUGCGUCUCCGAGCCCAAGAGACCAGCCCAACACGCUUCUCAACCCAGCCUCCAAUUCCCUAUCCGAACCACAACUCUAACAAACUGACCAAAAAACAGACCGACUCCUCCCGCGCCAAAAGCCUGGAACUGCAGAUCCAAGCCCGCGUAGCCCAGGAACUCGAACGCCUCCGCGAACGCGAGCAGCAAACCCUCGCCGAAAUCGAAAAGCGCCUGGCAGAAGUCAAAGACAGCGCCCCGGCCUCCUCCUCCUCAUCAACACCAAACAUCAGCUACCCCGCCGGCUCCCUGAACCUCGACGCGCCGCGCAUCCCCUUCGCGGGCCGCGAGUACGAGUCUACCCCCGCACCUGCUGCCGUCACCGACCAGCCCGUCAACCGUGAUCUCAGCCGGGAGUCGGUGAAUGCGGAGAUAGAGCAGCUGCGGGCUAAGCUUGAGGGACGGCGGAAGCUCGUCGAGGUGGAUGAGGGUGUUGAGCGGGCGAGGAACGAGGUUGUGACUUGUUUGCGGUUGAACGAUAGACGGCCGUUGGAUUGUUGGAAGGAGGUUGAGGGAUUCAAGAGGGAGGUCGCCAGGCUGGAGGAGGCGUUUGUGGAUCGUGUUGUCGGUUGA